AAAAAUUUAAAGUUGAAAUGGAUCCAGGUGAGUGGGACAAAUACAAUAGCUCUAAAGGCUUUGCCAAUAAGGAAUUAGACCAACUUGAUGAGCUAGACCCGAUGAUGCCAUUUGCACAGAAAAAUAUUAUUAAAAAUAUUAUCUCUGGAGCAAGGGCAACCCUUAACGAACCAACAAGGCCGGAGACACCGGCAGACGGGCCAAGAUAUCUGUUCGAGGGGUCUGAUUAUAAGGAAAGGCCAGGCUCUGCUUAUAAAGUAGGUGAUGUGGUUGAUAAUGCCAUUGAUAAUUUCACAAGAUCAUCUACUUCAGAGUCCCAUGCAAGGUUAAAUCUCAACCAAAGACCUUCUUCGAAGGGAAGAAAGAAUCCUAUUUUAGAACCGAUUGUUAGGAAAUAACGCUUCUGGGAAAAAGACUAAGCUGGCUAUAAAGAAACCUCUUCCUGGGGAAGGGAAGAAGCUGAAACCUUUGAAGACAUUCAACAAAGGACAGCCUAUCAAGAUUAUGAAGCCUAACACGAUUCAGCCAACCUCUCAGGAAAAGAGACAGGAGGGUCUCAACAUCGGAGACUGAGAAAUUGGGGAAACCAAUCUCAAGAACAACCAAGAUGACGCAUUGAAGCAACAAGAGGAGUUCAUGAAAAUCAUGCAGCAGGCCAAGCAGGAUUACGAAAUUUAUAUCGAUGACCCUGAGGAAGAUGAUAUGGAGAAGGAGUUCCUUCAAAGUAUGAGUAAUGAACUCCAAUCUACUGCUCAAUAUGAACAGACUGAUCAGUAUACAGCUGCUCUGACAAAGCUAGAGGAAAUCAAGAAGAACCAAAAUGACCUUGAAGAGGUUAAAAAGCCUACUUCCAAUGACAAUGAUGAUUUCGGUCAGUUAGAUGACUACCUAGAAGAACAAAUCACUAAUGAAUACCAGCAUUUGAUGGAUGAGGACAACCUGGAUUCUAAUCAACCUGAGUCAAGAUUUAGAGAGAAGUAUGACAAUCUUAUUCAAAACUUUUCGGAGGCAAUCAAGAAUCGACAAAAUCUUCCAUUAAUUGAAAUUUCAAAUAUCACAGAUAAGAUCUGGGAUCUCGUUGAUGAAUGGAGAGACCAUGAUCUCACACAGACAAAGGAGUGAUACAAAGAGACGCUUAUUAAAGGAGUGCUUGCUUUGAUCGACAACGUAAAUCCCAAGGCUGUUUUAAGACUUUGCAGAUGCUGAAUUCAUAUCAUAAACUCAAUUUUUAACGAAAAGCUAAGACUAUCCAAAGAAGAGAGACUGGAGGAUAUAGAAUUUAUAAAAAUAUUCAACUCUUUAAAGUCAACUGUCCAGAUCCUCUUCAAGUUUUCUAAGGAUGAUAAGAAUGAUAAUCUAUACGAACAAGAGAAGGUCUACGAUACGCUUAUCAACGUCCUUGUGACUUAUUACAUUGAAGGAUCAUCUAUUCUAGAUCAGCUGAUUACAAAGAUACUUAAGAGAUCAGAAGGCAAGAAUGUUGAAAUCAAGAAUACCGAUGCGAUAUUCGACAUGUUGAUUUACAUCGUCGGACUUCUAAAAAACUCUUCUAUGAGCAAGGAGAACCAGAAUAUCCUUCACAAUAAGAAUGCGCUUAAAAUUUUGAGUACUUUGUGUAAGACAGUCCUGAACGAAGAGGAUAACAAGAAUACCAAAAUACCACAACUGUUGGUACAAAUAACAGGGUGUUAUAGGAAUCUAGCCAUGGAACGUCAGCAAGUAGAGUUAUUCAUCCAAGAAGGAGCCCUGGUUGCCCUUUCACAAAUGAUAAGCAGUUUCAAAACACAUAAGGAAUUAGUGCUUAACAUUGUGAGGACUUUAUCAAAGAUCUCCCUUAGCUAUGAAGCCUUAGAUGUCAUGAAAUUAUUAGGUGAUGAUUUCAUACUUACACUAAACGAGAUCAUGAUCAGUAAUGCUGAAAGUAAUUCGAUUCUUGUCAGAUCUGCAUUCAUUCAAGGCAAUCUCACCACUGUGUAUACUGAAAGUCGUCAGGCUCUUCUCAAAGAUGGAAAAAUCUUUGUAAAUCUGCUCGAUUUGUCCCACAAAUUGUUUGACAAGGAUAAAAAUAAAGACAAAACUAAAGAGAAGAAGGCUAAAUCUUCAAAGAAAGGAGACUUUAAUAGGGAUGCUUCUGAAGACGCACUCACAAAAGUCAUUAGAUUGGUCGCUAAUCUCUUAACAGAACCUCAGUGCAAGAAACUGAUCGAGAUCAAUAAGAAAAGAGUUGAUCUGUUCUUUAGAAACUGAAUAAAGUCUUUACAAGGGAAAACCCUUGAUAAGAGCGAAGAGUGCAUCCUUAAUGUAGUAGCCUGAUUCACUAACUUCCUUUUCUAUGAUUCAGGAGAAUUCUCCAUCUUCACAGACGAAAGAGCUGAAAUGCUCAGACAGCACUGUAUAAAAUGAGUUGGACUCUACUUGUUUAAUUCAGAUAACGAUGAGCUUAAGGUUGAAACUAUGAGGGUUCUGUGUAAUCUUUCAAGAAAUAAGGAAUGAUGUAAACUGAUCUCAGAGUCCGAUACCCUUCUGAAGAACCUUGUCCAAUCACUUGAGAGUGAGAUCAGAGAUCUGAUAUUCUAUGACAUUGGGCUGCUAAUUAACAUUGCUCUGAAUCCUGUGGGGAGGAAGAAAAUAACGAAAAUGUGAUUGCCAACCCUCAUUGACAAAUUAAGAGAUUCCAACAUUGAAGACAUGGAUCUUUCGAAAGUCAUUUGUAAAACUCUUGUCAGCUUCUGAGAAGAAAGAUUCUUCUGGAAAAACGAUAACAUUGAAGCUACCAAUGAGAUUUGCUCUGAGAUUGGAGAAGAGCUUGAUUCCAUCAUGGAUGUGGCCAACGAAAGUGAAAAGCAGAUCCUUCUGGAGUUGAGAUAUUGAAUCAACCAGGUUAUCAAUAGCAUCCCUGAGAUCACACUUGAUUGCCCAUUUGACAACUGAGGAAGAAAAUUCAAAAAUCAGGAAGAAUUAGAUGGUCAUGUGCAGAGAAAGCAUCAAUCUUAGAUUUCUUUGGAGUAAGAUUUGAAGAAUUGGCAGAAUUUCA